AAUGCAGCUCCAAGCAUUCGUCGUACUUGCCUCUCUCUUGACUACGGCUCUUGCCCACACUCGCGUGUGGGGCAUCUGGAUCAACGGAGUUGACCAGGGUUCUGGAGUUGACCAAUAGAUUCGCUCGCCUCCCACCAACAACCCAUUUAAAGACAUUAUGGCGAGCACGUUUUCUUGCAACGUGAACAAUCGUGCCGUGCCGCGGACCAUUUCCGUCAAGGCUGGGGAUACUGUGACAUUUGAGUGGUUCCAUGACUGCCGCAAUGACGACAUCAUCGCAGCCUCCCACAAAGGCCCAGUCUCUGUGUACAUUGCACCCACGUCUUCAAACGGUGCUGGUACGGUCUGGACCAGGCUCUUCGCGGAAGGCUACAAGGGCGGAUCAUGGGCAGUCGAUAAGCUUCUCAACGCCAGGGGUCACCACAACGUCGUCAUCCCUGAUAUCCCAGCUGGAGAUUAUCUCCUUCGCGCGGAAAUCAUUGGUCUCCACGAGAGUAACGUGGCAUACAACCAAAACCCCGUGCGCGGCGCCCAAUUCUACAUGAACUGCGUUCAGAUUCGAGUUACAUCCAACGGCUCCCAGCAACUUCCUAACACCGUGUCGUUCCCAGGCACGUACCAAUACUCGACCCCUGGUAUCGUCUGGAACAUAUAUGACAAGCUCGUCGACCAAGCCACAUACCCAAUUCCUGGCCCUGCUGUUUGGUCUGGCUCAGCCGGUGGUGCUAUCACUCGUGCUGUCGUGAUCAACAACCCUGGAACUGGAACUGGUGGUGGCACUGCUCCUGGUGGGUCUGCUGGAUCUGCGCCGUUAUAUGCUCAAUGCGGAGGGAUCGGUUAUAGCGGCCCAACGACCUGUGCUUCGGGUGUUUGCAAGGCCACCAACGAAUAUUAUUCUCAAUGCGUUCCCGCGUG